GUCAUGUCAUUGUUUUCCACCAUCAAAGAUCCUUUUUUCUCCAUUCUUUUCAUAUCUGUGGUUUUCAUUUCUCUGUAUUCUUUGAUAUCAGAAUGACUGCUUAUGGCGGUGUUCUUUCUCUUAGGAAUACAAUUAACAAUGUUAUCUGUUGUUCUCGUUUUAGCCUUGUUGGCGGCUCUCUACAAAUCAUACAAGGCGUCUACGAGGAGUUGCAGCCAUUGACAAAAGUUCUUCAAAUAUUGGACUCGACAAGUCCAAGCAGGAGCAGGAAGAAGGUGAAUGCUUUGGAUGGAAUAAUCAAAGAUGCAAUUUGGAAAUUUGAAGACUCUUUGGAAUCCCUUCUCACUCGACAGAUUCCUUCACAAUAUGAAACUCUUCCGGAGAUCGUCUCCAUUGAUCUUCAGAGUCUGGAAAACGAUGCGAUUUCGUUGUUCCAGAAGCUCAAUGAUAUGAAAGAGGAGUACAUUUAUGAAGUAGAGAAUAUGCCUCAAGACGAACCUAUUUCCUCGUUCUUUGGUUUUCAUGGAACCAACUCAAAGAUGAUUGGAUUAUCAGACCAAUUCGGUGAAGUCAAAAGAGAUCUAUUGCAUUUCCUAGACUAUCCCGGUUGGAAGCAUGUGUACGGACUUUAUGGAACAGCAGGCGUUGGAAAGACCACUCUUGCUAAGAAAAUUUAUCAAGAUCCAAAUAUUCAGCACAUAUAUAAGCGGCGUGCUUGGGUCACAGUAGGCAGAGUACCUCAACCGAUCAGCCAAAUUUCACGAGGCAUUCUAGCUCAACUCACACAGGGAGCUGAAUUAAGAUUGCGUGGCAAGAAUUGUCUCGUUGUGCUGGAUGAUGUUUGGGAGAGAGAGGUAUUCGAUUGCUUGCAUCGUUCCAUACCCUGUGUAGAAAGUGGUUGUGUUCAAGUCUUGCUUACUUGUCGACAUAAAAAAUGGAUUAAUGUUAUUCCCUUUGGUGAAUGCAAUGAGGUGCGGUUUUUGAACGAAGAAGAAAGUAUGGAACUACUAUGUGAGAAGGUGUUUGGAGAUGGGAGUUGCCCUCCUCAACUUCACAAACUUGCCAUCAAAAUUGCCAAGCGUUGUGAAGGCCUCCCUCUCUUGAUACUCGCUGUUGCUGGCAUCCUAUCGAAAUCCGACCGGAAUAGAGACCCAGCCUACUGGAAUGAAGUAGCAGAAAGGAGAAAUUCAGUCUUUAAAGAUGCAUAUAAUCGAAUAUCAAAGGUACUUUUCCCAAGUUACGAUUACUUACCACAAUGUCUUAAAAUGCCUUUUCUGUUUAUGGGUGUUUUCCCUUAUGACACCGCUCCUUCCAAGAUUAUCGAUAUGUUGACCGCUGAGGGGUUGUGGGAUGAUUGGGAUUGCUUGAGAGAGCUAGCUAUCGAGUACAGUCUUGUUUUGCGCAUCUGGAAGAGCGUGGAUAAAACUUCGCAUGAGUUUUAUGUUAGAGAGUACAAAACUUGCCGGCUUCAUUCCUCAUGGCGACACGUCUGUAGAGGAGAAGCUAGUAAAAAAAAGUUUUACCAUGUCCUAAAUAAACUGAUUGAUGCCUCAGAAGAAAGUCUAAUAGGUCAGCGCGGCUUGUGUCUCGAAAACAAUGUUUUAUUUGGCAUCAAAGAGUUUUGCGAUUCAAUAAGAUUGCACUGUGCAUCCUUUGCACGUUCUCUCCUUUCCUAUGGUCCUUACCACCAAUAUCCAAUCCCUAUAGAUGUCGGUUUCAAGUUGCUAAGGGAAAUAGAUAUUCUCACACAACGUUUCUAUACUUUCCCAUUAGAAAUUCUAUCGCUGGUCCAUCUAAAAUACCUUGCUUUAACAUGCAACGGAGAAAUUCCUACAACUAUAUCCAAACUUUUCAACCUUCGAGUUUUGAUUAUGCAUCCACAUCUGAGUAUUAGAUGUUGUAAAGUUCCAUCAUAUGUACCAAUCCAAAUAUGGGAUAUGCAAGGGUUGGAGCACAUUGAGAUAUUAGGGAAAAGUCUUGUAACUUCAUCUCAUGUUAAUUUGUAUAAUCUCUCAACCCUUGUAGGUGUGAAUGCUAGCAUUUGUACCAUCUCCGAACUCCCCAGAAAAAUUCCUAACAUAAAGAAAUUAGGGGUACAGAUUGAGCUGAUGCCGUAUGAUGACCAUAUCGAUCUUUUGAGUUGCUUUGGUUGCAUUUCAACACUUAGUUUGGAUACACUCAAAUUGAGCAUCACAAAUCCUGUGAUUAAGCAUGGCCAUUUUUUCUCUGUGAAUCCCAAGUCAUUGAAGUUGCCACAUUAUCUGAUAAAGUUACAUUUGAGUGGUAUGGGUUUUCCUUGGGAAUUCAUGGAUGCAAUUGGCACUUUGCCAUACCUUCAAGUUCUCAAAUUGCGAUCCUACGCCUUUCAGGGUCCACGUUGGACAACAAAAAGGCGUAGUUUUCCGAAUCUUGAGUUUCUUCUAAUUGAAGAAAGUGAUUUGGUGCAAUGGAAACCAGGAAAAAGCUUCCCUAGGCUUAAAUACUUAAGCAUGAAGCAUUGCUACAAACUAGUAGACAUAUGCUGCUAUGAGGGUGAGCCUACUUUUCUGGACCAAUAUAUAUGUACAAUAGAGAUUGAAUUAGAGGACUGCAAUCCUUUAGCGUUGGUUUGGGCCAGUCAGUUACGACCACGUGUUGGUUCUAGGCUUCGUGUUAUUGCCUCUUCUUCUUUUGACGAGAAACCGACAACUGUCAAAUUUGAAAGGUUAGUCCUUCAACUACAAAUCAAAUCAUAUGUCUCUGUUCAAGAUAACUGUGAUAUUUCAUUUACUUAAUAGGCUCAGAGUAGACUUAAUUAAAAUUUUGAUAUUAUAUCUUACCUCCUCUGUCUGCGAAUAUGUGUCCCAUAAUUCCUUUUACAGUCCCGAAUCGAAGUAGGGUACAUAUUCGUGGACGGAGGGAGUAACAAAAAUUAAGUGUUUAGGUUAUUAUAAUUUCUGAACAUUUAUCUAUUUUCAGGUAUUGAGACGCUACGUUUUCUAUCUACAUGUUCAAAAUCAAUGGUUGUAUAGUCGGUUUGUUACAAGAAUUUAAGAAUGGAUAUGGCCAUUUUUGCCCACUUUGUGUUUCAAUUAAAAGUUCUACUCAUCAACAUAACAUUCGUUAAUGAUAUGAUGAUCACUUUACCUUAGAAUUUAAAUCUUACUCAAAUAAUCAAUUUUAGUAUUGUCUUAGAUUAACUUAUCCAAUAUAAUCAAUUUAAUUGAUCUACCCUAUCAUCGCUUUUCGAUUAUGAAAGUAUUGAUUGUACUACCACAAUUUUUAGGUUAUAUGAAAAUGUUCGAUUUUAUUUCCUUUAUUAACGACGAAUCACAAAUUCAUUGGUAUGAUAUUGUCUCCUAAUAAAUGGAAAGUUCGAACUAGUGAAUUUGGAUUAUAACACCCCCCUUUCCAAUAUUAUCAUUAUGCUCACCGCUGAGGGAUUGUCGGAUGCUAAGGGGUUGUCGGAGGAUUGGGAAUAUUUGAGAGAGCUAGCUAUCAACUACAGUCUUGUUUUAUACAUAUUGAAGAGUGUGCAUAAAAAUUCUCAGCUUCAUUCUUCUUAUAAAGAGUUCAUUGCUAACAAAUAUAAAAGUUGCUGGCUUCAUUCUUCGUGGAGGCAUGUGUGUAGGGGCGAAGCUAGUAAUAUAAAGUUUUAUAAUCUCCUAAAUAAGUUGAAUGAUGCAGAAGAAGAAGGUCUAAAAGGCCAACGCAGCUUGUGAUUCGAAAACAACAUUUUAUUUGGCAUCAAAGAGUUUUGCGACUCAGUGAGAUUGAACUGUGCAUCCUAUGCCCGUUCCCUCCUUCUGUAUGGUCCUUAACACCAAUAUCCAAUCCCUAUAUAUGUCAGUUUUAGAUUGCUAAGGGAAAUAGAUGCUCUUACACAACAUUUCUACACUUUUCCAAUAGAAAUUUUGUCACUAGUCCAUUUCCGAGGCUUCAGUUUCUUCUAAUUGAAGAAAAUGAUUUGGUGCAAUGGAAACGAGAAUCUAGAAGCUUCCCUAUGCUUUCGUACCUAAGCAUGAAACAUUGCUACAAACUAGAAUAGAUCCCUAGGCCUCAUAUUCCGUACUCGUAUAAGAGACCUGCUUGGAUGUACGUGAAUGGAUAUAAGACCAUAGAGAUUGAAUUAGUAGACUGCAAUCCUUUAGCUUUGAUUUGUGUCAACCAGAUAAAGGUGUGAGGCUUGAUGGUAUUGCCUCUUCUACGUUUUAUGAGAAACCGAUGACUAUCAAAUUUCAAAGGUAUGGAGUCACCUCUUCAUCUGUGCUCGAAAGUUCCAACAGUACUGACGUUGACGAGGAAGAGGAUGGUGACGAGGAAGAGGAUAGUGAAGGAUUUGUAUGAGUACAUUGAGUAGCAGCUUUUCACAUGAUUCAUCAAAAUUAUGCUCCAUGUGUUCAUAAAAAAUAGACUAAUUUUAUCAUUUUAGGCCGUCGCUCACCAAAAUUAUACUCCUUCCGUCCCAUAAUAGAUGAUAUAAUUGGGGAAUGACACGGAAAUUAGGAGAUGUUUUGUGUGUUAGGUGGAGAUGCAAAAUAGUAUAUUUAUA